AUGGAAUGCCCUCCUCUCAAGUUAACAUUGGAUGUUCGCACGCGUUGGAAUUCCACCUAUGAUAUGCUUAAUCGUGCACUCAAACUCAAAGAAGCAUACAUGGCUAUGACAGCAAAUGGUGACCUUAAGGAUUUUGCAUUGGAAGGUGAUGAAUGGGAUCGCGUGGAGCAUAUGUGCAAGCUCCUGGAACCCUUUGAUCAUGCCACAAGGAUGCUAUCAGCAAGCACGUCUCAUACCACGGUCAACAUGACGAUCCUUAGCUACAAUCGGUUAAUUGAUAAACUCGAGGACUUGGCUGAUACCGUCGAGAACCCCACAUGUCCACAAGAUCUACGAGAUGCUGCAAAGGCUGGACGUGAAAAGUUGCUGCCAUAUUAUGGAAGGACCGAUGACACAGAAGUAUACGCUGUGGCAACUGCAAUGGAUCCACGGAUGAGGUUUGAUUGGUGGACACGUUCGAGAUGGGAAAAAAGCAUAAAGGACAAGGCCGAGAAAUCCGUUUGCGAUACGUGGAGCAAGUUUUCAGGAAUGGUGCCUGUUGCACCUGAGAUCAGUGAACAAAGCCAAGCCUUGCAUGAAUUAUUUCUAUUGGAGCCAACCAAUGACGAAUUGAAGGAAUAUGUUGCUGAACGAUCAUUGCCACCAAUGGUGACCAAGGAUAAACCUCAAGAGCUACUAUUUUGGGAAUCAGCAGCUACGCGUUGA